AUGCCUUUGGUACUUCUAAGUGGCUAUCCAUCUUGUGGCAAAAGCUCAAAAACCCAGGAGUUGUGUGCGCUUCUGGAAAACAAAAUUAAGCAAGAACCGGAGUUGGACAAGUAUUCUUUGGUAUGUCACUCUGAUGAGAGCUUGGGUAUCAAACACACGGAUUAUGUCACAUCACAAGACGAGAAAAAACUAAGGUCUAAAAUUAUCUCAGCGGUGAAGCGGGAUUUGUCGCGACAAAAAAUAGUAAUUGUGGAUUCUUUGAACUAUAUCAAAGGCCUCAGAUAUCAGCUGCAUUGUGAGACGAAAAAUUUGAUGACAACGUAUUGUCUCGUGCAUGUUAUGUGUCCCAGUGCAAAACUGCUGGAGUGGAACAAAUCGACCGUAGACGGUCGGAUUCCAUGGGAUAACGAACUGCUUAAUCAAUUGAUACAACGGUAUGAGGAACCGAAUCCGCAAACCAGAUGGGAUUCACCCUUGAUCUCCGUACUGGCCGAUGAGGAUACCAUGGAAUCCCUUGCAGAUCCAAUUUUCAAAGCUCUUUUCCCACAGCUAUACAAAAAGAACAACGACAGAGAAACCGAAAAACUUUUGAAUUCUUUGAAACCCAAUAAUGCUACCAUUUUGAAACCGGCCACGCAAAGUAACUCCCUACAAGUUUUGGAUGCUGAGACUACUGUAAUUGUGAAAAAAUUUCUGGCCGCAUUGCAAUCAAACGUCGUUUCUGGGGCCAAGCGGAUCAUUAUUUCAGAUGUGCAAGACAUCAAUGACGACCGUUGCCUUUUCGUCGAAGUGCCCUCUCAAGGUGUCACCGUGGCCCAGCUACAGCGUAUACGGCGUCAAUUUGUAGCCAUGAACCGCUUGAGAAGUCUCGAGCAGGAAAGAAUCGCUCCUCUUUUCGUUGAAUAUUUAAAUAAGAACUUGAGAUCAGAAUAA